CCUCUGAGAUUGUCGAUGAAAUCUGUGGGGAAAAAAUGAUCGUGCCUACAUCAACAAGGUGGAAUUCCUUCCACGAUGCCUUGUCCCGUAUUAGUGACAUCCCGGCCCAAGAUUUGAAUACACUUUGUACCAGACUGGACAUCAAAGGCCCGACGGAGCGCGAACAUCUAUUCCUAAAGGAAUACUGCAGUGUUUUGAAACCACUGACAGUAGCACUGAAUAUCUUGCAAGGUGAAGAUAACUGCUACUAUGGUACUCUUCUACCAACACUGGAGACCCUGACGUCAAGGAUGCUCGCACUCCAAAAUGGAUUGUCAAGGAUGACAGCAGACCUACCAGAUGUAAUUAUACAGGCUAUCAAGAUGCGAUUCGCACCAGUGUUGGAGAGCAGGGAAGCUUUAUUGGCUGCCUUGACGUUGCAGAAAUUUAAAGUUCUGUGGAUAGGGGGAGCAGAGCGGAGAGAAGCGGCGCGUGCGCUGCUCAUCGCAGAGUGUCGCACUCUACGCCAUGAUGCAGAGCCGGCUGAGAAUAAAAACAGAGAAGUUGCCGCACACAGCAGCGCCAAUGAGAAGGACUUUUUUUCUUUUGAUGAGGAGGAGGAAGACGCAAUGCCCUUUAGUGCAGACUCAAAGGUACAUGAGUACAUGAGAUCAGGCUCAGAGUUGGAAGUUGUCAACCGUUUCCCCUGAGUGAAAGCUGUGUUCAUGAAAUACAACACUGCCACACCAUCCAGUGCACCAGUGGAAAGGCUGUUCGGCCUGGGAGGUCUUGUGCUUACCCCCAGAAGAAACAGACUUUCAGAUAAACGUUUUGAAAGACUUCUCCUGAUGAGGUAUAAGCACCCAUUCUGUGCUGAUGUGGAAUAGCUGCCACCCAUGCUAUAGACAACUCAAGCCUAUGCCUAAUAUCCUCUUUUCUAUCUGCCAUCAUACUGUGAAGAAGGGUCAGCAUAUUCAGUUAACAUAACCUUUUUAAUUCUGAGGCUAGUCAUGUUUUAAGUUGUGCUUUAUUUUAUUUUGACUAAAAUGUCUUUGCCUCUUAGCUGUAUUAUGCCAUUUUAUUUUAUUUACACAAGCCAUCGACAUCAAACCAUUUUUAAGUUAUUCUUUUUUCUGUUGGAUUAAGAUGAGGUAUUCAUGUUUUAUUUUGAGACAUAUGACCCAUUUUGAGGUUACCAUGUUGUUCCUAAGGAGCCUAUGGAUACUAUAUUUAUAAUAAAAAGCGCAAAAGAAAUA